AUGGCAGUUCAAGAAGAGGUUGUACUCAGGUAUGUGGACACUUCGUCCAGGUUAUUGUUGGGAAAAGAUUUUAUGCGGAAACAUGUCAUACCUUAUAUGGACACAAGUCGCACUGAGAAAUGUAAAACAAUAGAAGGAGCAACAAUCAUUGUUUAUGAUGCAGACACUGAAUCUGAACACCUUUUAAAACUCAAGCAAUGGAAAACAAAAAGUUAUGUACUCACAAGCAGUUGGAGAAAGAAAUUUGUCACGAGAAUGGAUCUAAAGGAGGACGAUGUGCUCGGAUUCAAAUGGGACGACUCCAAAUUCCAUAUUUCCAUGCUCGAUAGGGCUGCUACUUCUAGUAAUAACAAUCAAGAGAUAUAA